UAAUUUUUAGAUUUACACAAGAUGGCUUCCCACAGGCGGCAAUGUUACCUUAGUUUUUGCUUUUCUCUAUUCCAUUUUUUUUAACAAAUAAAAUCUAGACCCUAAUUCUAGAUUUAACAUCUAUCAAACUAACUUAAAAAACAAAAACAUGAAACUAGAAUUGAAGCCUGAUGUUUUACAAGUAUUUCAAGGUCAUGGUAUAGCAGCAACUCAUGCUGGCACAUCAAAAGAUUGCCAGAUCAGUUGGAUUUAUAAAGAUUCAUUGUUGGAGGUGUUUGCAAGUCAAACUAAUGAAAUUCUAGCUUCAUGGAGAUUUGGUAAAGCUCUCAAAGAUGUGGACACAUGCAUCACAUUUGUUAAGGAUUUCAAGAUUCAUGGGGGCUAUCUUCUCUUGGUAGCUUUAACCAACAGCACUGAUUUGGGCCAGCUCUGCAUAUUUAGUGUUGGUCUACGUAAAGUUUUGCAAGUCAUUGAAGUACCCCAGAAAAUCACUGCUCUUGAAGUGAUAUUUGCUAAUACUUGUGAUGAGAUUCCUAAAUGGAUAUUAAGCAAACAUCUUCAGUUUUUUUGUGGACUGGCUGCUGUGGGGACUAUUGGAGGAUAUGUAUAUCUGUUAGAUCUUUGUUUGGAUAGGCUGAUGCUGCAGCUAAGCACUGAGGAAAGACCAAAGAAAAUGAUGAUAAUUUCUCCGUGUGUAGUUGAUGGUGAUGCUAGGCGGCUGCAAGCUAUCUCCUAUGAUAAACAUAUUGCUGUACUGUUAGAUGAUCAAUGUCACAACCAAGGACAAUAUUAUUACAGAAGGCAAGAUGACACAGUGCAGAAAGUUAUAGAUGAAGAUUAUGUCAAUGUAACAAGCUUAAAGUAUUUAGAGCAAGCAGGAAUCCUUGCUAUUGGUUUCAACUUUGGCUGCUUCCAGUUGUGGAAACUGUAUAAUCCAGUUUUAGAUUACAGUUCUCGAUUUGUGCCUAACAGCGUACAAGUCUCCAACUUUGUAGUGCAAGAGCCAGAAAAUGAUCCCAGAAAUUUUGUUUACUUGUGGGUGGUCCAUGAUGAGGAUUCUGAAGACAAUGUAGCCUGCAGUUGCCUGUAUCAGCUCAGCUUUGCUAAAAAGGAUAUCUAUGCAGGUUUUGGAAUGUUUUAUGAUGAACUAGAAAGUGUAUGUCCAAGGUUGGAUCACAAAUUUACUCUGGACCCUUACAGUAAGGAUACAAAGACAACAUGGAACAGUAGUCUGGUAGCUAGUUACACAAUACUAAAUCCUUUCUACACACCACCACUGACUUUAACUGAUUCAUUUGAAGAAGGUUUGUUUGGUAAUGAUCGAAGUUUGAGCAUCUUUGUGUGGAAGGCAGAAGGGAAGCAGGGAGGUGAUGAAGUGAAACACUGGAUGGCCAUCUUUGACUUGAACCGCUGGUACCAUGCCCAAAUGCCACACUCUGUGAGGUGCCUUGGCAGCUCUCUCCAAGUUUGUUCUUACUGGGCUGUGUACUGUUUGGACCAUGUUGUCUCCCUCUCUCCUUCUUAUUCUCUCUUGAAUGUGGAAGUGAGUGGGGACAGAGUGCUUCGAUUCAUCAACAACUCUCCGCUUCCUCCUGAAGAACACAGUUUUCCAUCAGCUUUACAAUUGACAAGCAUACGAUUCAUCACACCUGACAGAUUUAUUCAAGGCAGAUGUGAUGGCUGGCAGGGACAGUUGCUUAAACAGUUUGAACAGAAUGGAGUGGAGUACCUUGUUAGUCCUGCUGACUUUUACUAUCAGUGUCUUCGAGCCAGGCUACUGCCACAGAGCUACUUGGAGGAGAAAGUCAAAGGACCUGACUACCAGCGUGAGGUUCUCUUGAACUUAGCACUUGAGCGAGGCCUGGCCUGUACAUUGAUCUCUGAUUGUGUACAAAAGUGGUCUGAUGGGGACUUUGCAGAACAGGGCUGUACUCUGACCAUGCUGCUCAACUGGGCCUGGCGUAUGGUGGGGAACAUAAAGGACUCCUGGCACCUUACAUGUGAAAUGCUGUAUGACAACUCUGGUCACCAGCUGGAUGCCCGAACUGACUGGCAGCUAAAGUCUUUAACCAAUUCUCUCACUCAGUUAAAGAAAAUAUUUACUAUGUUGAUAGCACAGACAGGGCCCACAACAGAGAAAGGUCAGCAAGAACUGGAAAUAAGACUUGAUACUAUCAAUAUACUCUUAAUGCACUUUGAGAUGGUCAGAUGGUGUAUUUCAAUCAAUUUGUUGCCAGAAAUUGACUGUGAAAGUGGAGAUACCUCUGGUUUAUUUGUCUACCCCAGAAGUGAACUUAAUGAUAUGUAUAAGAAGAGAAGAGUAGAGCUUAACAACAGGAAAGGUAUUGUGAACAAGCUAAGUCUGCUACUGAUAGAUGAACUUGUUGAGUGUCAGGGACCUGCAGUCAAAAACCUUUGGGAAAGUCUUGGAGGGGAUGGUUGCUAUCCACCAUCUAGUAUGCAGGGUAUUGUCAGCAUGUACCUGUUAGAUGAGAUCAGUGUUGAACUGAAGCAUGCCAUCACCCUGUACCUCCUGCAGGACCUUGCAGCACUGGAUAAGACAGAAGCAGGCAGGAGCUCACUAGCCAGUUUUGUAGAGAGGUUUAUACUGAGUCCCAGUUUGGUGCAUCAGGUGCAGGGGCUGUGGUUCAUAGACCAUAAAGACUUUGAGGAAGGUGUACGUCAUCUUGCUAAUCCUACAGUCCAUGAAGAACUUUGUCAGAAUUGGAAACACAUUUCUAUAGUAAACACACUAUUGGCUCAGUCUGAAGGCCUGGCAGCUACACGCUUUUUGCACACCAAAUGUGUGCUAAAUGGUUCGCCCCAGGAGCAGCAGCUUUAUAUUUCUGUUCUUAUAGAUAACAAGCAACUGAACCAGGCUCUAGAAUAUAUGAGAGUUUGUCAGCAUGACAAGAAUUUUGCAGACUUGAUGUUUCACCUUUUAAAUGAAUGCCAGAAAUAUAAACUGCUCGGGCAUCUUCUUCAGCAUCACUUGACUGAACAGGAGGAAUAUUUUUUGGAGCAAUACCUCAGAAGAAAGGGAGAGCCCCAUUCCCUGGAGCCAUUAUUUCUGUACUAUCUUCAUCAUUCAAGGUUUCUUCAGGCAUAUCAAUUGAAUGAAGAUAUGAAACGAAUGGAUAAGAUGGAUGCAAUGUCUGGAUCCUAUGAUAGAGCCAUUACACGCAACAAACUGAUGGAGGCCUAUCUGCGAGUGCUGCCUGAAGCCACCAAAAAACUGUUGUUGGAAAAGAAAGCUGUAUCUAAACCUGUGCUGAAAAGAUUUGAGUGUGUAAGACCAAAGCCUUUGUCCACUGUAGUUCGUAAUGUUGACCAUUCAGCAAUGUCCAGGUCCAACUUUGUCUUGGCUUUGAUGGACAAGAUCCAAGAAGCUAAAGACAUGUGUCAUAGAGCAGAGUCUCAACCAAAAGAGGAAGUAGAAGAAACCCAAAAAGUGAAAGACAGUGAAGUUGAGAUGCCAUUGUUAAGAACACCAAGACCCACUAGGACUUCUACAUUAAGAGCAAGUGAAGUCAUCUAUCCAGAAAUCAAUCAGUCUCCACUGCCAAGCAAUCCUCUGUCUGUAGUUAAAAGGAAAACUUUAUCGAUGUUGGAAAAUGAAAACUUGAAUGGCAAUGUAAGUUUACAUCAACUCACAAUGGAGUGCCUUCAGCUUCUCCAAACACCAACUAGAUCUCAGCUUAAGAAAAGUCCAGGGUUUAGUUCUAAAGGUCCACUCCAUAUCAAGACGCCCCAGUCCAUACUGAAAGUGCGUAAUCUGAGCAAAUCUCACCUGCACACUCAUGAUACUGGUUCAACAAAGAGGCUUUCUGGAUCAUUGUCCAAGAAAUUUGGAUUCUCCAAAUCAGAGACCUCUGUACACACUAGUCCCCUCCAUCCAGUUGUUGAUGAGAAAGACCUGUUGGCCACACCCAUAUUACACACUUCUGCGGCAGCAUCACAGAAGCAGUUGAGGUUUGUGGGUGUCUCACCCUCACCCACCACAUCUCCAGUCUUAACACCAGCUGAAAGUAACUCCUUGGAGAUACAAGAGUCUAUACGUUUGAGAGAUACAUCAAUAACUCCUCCUCUAGUUAGAGAAGGUUCUGAGACUCCUCCUCCAGAUGAAACUGAGGAAAUGGAUGCUGCCUGUCAACAACAAAUACCUGUUGAAAAAAAUAGUUUAGAUACAACUUCAACAGAAGACAUAUACAGUCACCAAGUCCACUCCACAGACUCACUGGAUGCUCCAUCAGCAAUGGAGACUUGUCAGGAAGAAACUGACAGGAUGACAGCUGAAGUACAAGAAAAUAUAACCAGCAUAUCAUCAUCACCAGUACUUGUUACAGAGGAUCAUGAUGUCAGUGAUUUGGUCCGCCCUGACCUGCACCCAUCUCAGCCCACAUCUCCAACUGAUGUUGUCGUGGAUGAGGAAAUCAUAUUCCAAGCUAGCUCCAAUGUUAACAGAAACUCUGGAGUUUGUUUGACACCUUCAAUGACUUCAUCUCCAAUUGAGACUGUGGAGAUGGCAUCACUAGAUGUUUCUCUUGUUACUGCAGAGUCAGAAGAAAGGGAAGAAGAGGUUGAGGUUUCACAAGUGAUCUAUAAAGUUGAUUACAAGAGAAGAUUGGAGAGAAUCGGGCCAGCCCUAAUGAAAGCUUUCACCCAUACAGCUGUGGAAAGUAAGUUAGUAAGGACAUCAUGCCAUAAUGAAGUGACUGUUGAUGUGGCAUCCAGUAGUUCUGAAAUUCAACCUCCUUCAACCUCCAUUACUUUAGCUAAUGUAUCCCCUGACCGAACCACUGACCAACAGAAAUGUGGGGACUCUCCUCCAGCCACCCCACCUUUGAGUAAGAAAGCCAAGCUCAUGGUGAAAAGUAAAAGUAAUGAAGCUGACCAAUUGGUGGACAGAACAGAACAAGAAGAGCCUCGGAGAAGAAAAACCCCUGAAAGAAAGUCUCCUUCAAGGUCAUCUGAGAAUGUCCCCAUAGAAACUUCUCGUACUUCCCCUUCUAGAGUCCUGCGUAGGUCUGCUGACAGAUCAAGCCAACAACCUGAUAAUUCACCAUCCCCUGUUAGAAAUUUAAGACGCACACCUGAAAGAAAGUCACCAUCCAGGAGAACAAUAUCUUUUGAAACAGAUGUAACUGAGUCUUCAGAACCAGGAUCACCUUCUAGAACAAGGAGAAAGACCCCGGACAGGAAGUCGCCCUCUAGAAGUGACACAGUCUCCAUUUCUCUGUCUGUCGCCCAAGAAUCACCUUUGAAGAAUAUGUCAGGUCCAAAUGAGUCUGAAUCAAAAAAAGAGGUGAGGAAAAGCAUGCGCAAGUCAGCUAUUAAAGCUAAUACUGAUGAAGUCCAAGAAGAGGGGAGCAGAGAAUCCACUCCAGAUAGAACUAGUCUCAGGCGCUCCACUAGGAAUAAAACCCCUGAUUUAAAAUUGAGUGUGACAGAGCUACCAGGAAAGACACGAUCUAGAGCUUUACAUAUAUCAGAGGAAGAAGAAAUAAAGCAGGUUGAUCAAGCAGAUACAAUGCACGGAGAAGAAUUUAAAAAUAAAAAACAAGAAGAAGAUGUAGCUAAGAAAGAAGAACAACCAAUGAUCAGACGCACAAGAGGCAAAUCUAAGACACCAGAUAGAACAAUGGCAGAUGAUGUUGAACCAACAACACCUACCAGACGCACCAGAGGCAUUUCUAAGACACCUGAUCGCACUUCUGCUGACAGUAAUAAACUAAUAACACCUGCCAAAGGUAAUUCUAAGAUGCUUGGUCAAAUGAUUGCUGAAAGCACUGAGCAAUUAACACCUACUAGACGCACCAGAGGCAAUUCUAAGACACCAGAUCAAACAAUUGCUGACAGCAAUGAAUCAGUGACACCAACAAGACGCAUCAAGAAAAGGAAAAUGUCUCCUGAGGAGAAAAAUACAAAUGUAACAAUUGUCACUAGUUCUUCUUCUCCCACAAGAGGUAUUCUGAAGACACAGAAAGAAAAGCACACUGAGCAAACUCUAAGUGAAGAUCCUUUAACUCCUAUCAAGAAGUCUGUCUUGGAAAAGCCAUUGACUCCUACUCGAAAGUCUAUGCGUCUACAAACUGCCCAUGAAGAAUCAGUCAUAUCCAGCACAAAUAUAGACUUGCCAGAUCCAUUGGAAUUGAAAGAAAGAUCAACGAGAAGUCAAAGAUCUCCAAGCAGAUCAACUGCUGACCCCAAAGAAGAUGUGCUCACCCCAUCAAGAAGAUCCAGCCGCAGACAGAAGUCUCCAGACACAUCAAAGAGUAAUGCAUCAGAAUUGGGCACAUCACAGCAAUCUUCCCCUGCAACCAGAAAAUCCACCCGAACUCUGAGGUCUCCAGAAAAGUUACACACAGAUGAGAUUGAGCCAGUAAUUAUGCAUUCAUCACCCAACAGAUCAAAAGCUUCAGCCAAAGCAAAAGGAAAACUUGAGGAAACCAUGACAGCAGAUACAAUGUUCCUGGAGAAAGAGAAGAUAACUCGUAGCAAGAGAGCAUCAAGUGUAGAACUAGACUCGCCUAGGCCUCUGUCUGUGACCAGAGGAAGGUCUGCUGAGCCAGGAGUGCCUGUGAGAAAUGCUAGAGGAAGUAAAACACCAGACAGAACUGUACCUGAAAUAAAAACACAAGAGGCUGUGUUUGAUGAAGGGCUAGAGGACCAGAUGCCACCACUCCGGCUAGAAAUAGAUGAGGACAGCUCCCCAGAAAGCCCUAUUAUUCAAACAAAUUCUUUACAUCAGAGGACUACUCCAGACAGGACAACUCAUAAAGAUUCUGAAAGUGAAACCACCUUGAGUCUCACAGCCAUUAAAAAUAUUACCAAGCAGCUGAGUCCAUCAUUUAUCUUCUCUCCACCACUGCAACACAUUGGGAAGAAAAAUAUUUCUGUGUUCAGCUCUGAGCUAGACACUGGCAAGGACAUUGAACUGGAAGUACAGCAACAUACCUUUGUCUUCUCACACCCAACCAUUGCCACAGAACAGGAAGCUGAGGAAGACCCAAAUAUUGCCACAAAACAAGAAGCUGUGAAUGACCAAAUCAUUGCCCCUGAACAGGAAAGUGUAGACGUUAGUCAUGAAGAGAAAUCUCCUGAAAAAGUUGAAGAAGACCAACCAGCUCAAGCUGAGCCUAAACCAAAACGAAAAAGAAGGACAUUGUACAAUGGUAGUCCAUUGCUCCUGUCCCCUGGUAGCCCAUUAGCUAAUCGUGCUGUUCAAAGGCAACCAACAGAGACUCAGCGUUUGUCAGCAAGUAUUCUGCGCAGAUAUAAGCCUCGACGAAUUCGCUCAAGACGGCUUCAACCCUCACAGACCUCAUCAAGACAGUAACUAAACUUUUCCUUGUUGAAAAUGCUAGCAUUUAGUGUGAAAGAUACAGAUAUUCUAGAUCAUUGUUAAGCAGUUAUUAAGCACAUAUAGAAUAAAAAUAAAAUAAAAUUCCAGUUUUUGCUAUUUCCUUAUAUGCUUUGCUUUGCAUUUUGUGUAAUGUAUAAAUGAGAUUUUACUCUGAUAUAGUAACUUGCUUGCUGAUAAAAAAAAAUAUGUACAUGUGAUAUUUAUUAGUUGAAGUUAUAUUUUCAACUGGGCAUUUUAAAAAGUCUCAUGUAUAAGAAAUGAAGUUAUGCACAAUGAAGCAACAAUGAUUGAAAAAUAAAUAUAUAUGUAUAUCUUGAUGCUUAAA